AUGAAGUCAAAGCAACAACAACCCAUCUCCUCCUCUCAUAACGAGAACAUCCCCGGAGAGGCUGUCGUUACUCCGGAGGAGGAGCCCUACCACAAGAGCUGGAUUGUGGGAGGAAAAUACCGCGACCAUUUACGGGAGGAACACACCGAGAAGAUCGCGAGCCAGUUAUUGCAGGAAGUCGAGUUUGACCUUCCCUUGACCAUCACCAAGCCACAUGAACACGACGGCCAAGAUUACAUUGUGCUGGAGUUUGCUGUGGGCGAUAAGGAGAAUCCUUUCAACUGGGAUGGAAAGUUCAAGGCAUUCAUCAGUGUCCUGCUGUGCUGCAUGACCCUCUUCAUCGGUCUUGCCACCACUGCCUACAGUUCCGGAAUCUCACGCAUGACUGAAGAGUUUGGUGUCUCAUCUGAGCUGGGCCAGUUGGGUCUUUUCUGCUUCAACUUCACCUGUGCUCUUGCACCUCUCUUUCUGGCUCCGUUCUGUGAGUUGGCCGGCCGCCGCAUCGUCUACGUCGGAGCUUAUGUCUGCUUCUCUCUGAUGUUCAUUGGUCUCGCCCUAGGAAAAAACAUCGCCACUAUCCUUGUCUGCCGCUGCUUGCUCGGUCUGUUUGGCUGCGUCGGCACCAUCUUGGUCGGUGGUACCUUCGGGGAUAUGUAUACCCCGGCUCACCGUGCGAUCCCGAUGGCAUCCUUUUCUUUUAUUGCCAUCUUCGGUACCGUCGCGGCCCCCAUCUACGCCGGUUUCAUUGACCAGGCUCUGGGCUGGCGCUGGCUCGAGGGUAUUCAGGGUCUGGCCAACAUCCCCCUUGGGGUCUUGAUCGUCAUCUUCCUUUGCGAGACCCGCGGUGGUGUUGCCCUGAGCAAGCGUGCUAAGCUGCUCCGCAAGAACACCGGUGACGAGCGCUUUGUGACCGACAACGAGCUCGAGGCCCCCGGUAUCAAGCAGAUGCUGCACAACUCCUCCGUCAAGGCCAUCCGCAUGCUUUUCACCGAGCCCGUCGUGUUCGCCUUCGGUCUGUGGAUCUCCUUUGCCUGGUUCCUGACCUUCCUCUUCCUUUCCGUCAUCCCCAUCACCUACCAGGAGAAGCGCGGCUGGAACGAGGGUGUCUCCGGUCUCCCCUACAUCGCUCUCUGCGUCGGCACCACCAUCGGGUUCGGCAUGAACUUCUUCCAGAUCCGCAAGUACGCCAGCAUCGUUGCGGACCCCGACCGCAAGACCAAACCCGAAGACCGUCUGUACGGAGCUUUGUGUGGCGCUGUCUGGCUGCCCGUCGGCCUGUUCAUCUACAGCUUCACCCAAUACAAGCAAUUGUUCUGGUUCGGCCCCAUCGUCGGUUUGGCUCUGAUCGGUAUCGGAAUUUUUUUCAUCUUCGAGUCCUGCUAUUCUUAUACCUCGGACUGCUAUGGCGAGAACUCGUCAUCCGCGAUCGCCGGCCAGGGUUUCAUGCGUAAUACUCUGGGAGCCGUGUCGCCUCUGUUCGCGUCGCAGUUCUUCCACAACCUGGGUAGCCAGUACGCUGGUCUGCUGCUGGCGUUGAUCGCCACUCUGUUGACCUUCAUCCCGUUCGUGCUGUACAAGUAUGGCCCUGCUUUGCGUGCGCGCUCGAAGCUGGCCAGCGCUGUUGUCAACAGCAGUACCGAGUAA